GAAGGCAAACGCGGGAACAGAAAGAGGCUUGCGAGAGCGGGACGGGAGGACGUACGAGAAGCACGGGACGGCCUGCUUUUUUGGUCUUUUGUCUUGCGGCGGCGUCACAGCCAUGACAAAGACAAUCUCUAUUAGGAAUGCCUUUGAGCAAGCUCAAAAACCACAUCAGAAUCAUGGAAAGCUAGUGACAUCUUUGAAGCAUACAUACAAUAAGUUGCAGGACAAAAUCCAUUUUCAUGAAGAGUUUGUUCAUAACCUUAAGUAUGCCAUGAUAAUCUAUAAACGAGAACCUGCAGUAGAACAAGUGAUCAAUUUUGUGGCCAAGUUCGCGGUUUGCUUUUAUGAGCCUGAGAAAGAUGCCAUUGAAGAUGACGAGGAGGAAGAAGGGGAACAUCCACUUCUGAAUUAUUUGUUCAACUUUCUGCUUGAGUCUCAUAACGCUAACAGCAAAGGAGUUAGAUUUCGAGUAUGCCAACUUAUUAAUAAACUCUUGGGGAGCCUGCCAGAGAACGCUCAGAUUGAGGAUGAGCUGUUUGAUAAAAUUAACCUUGCUAUGCUAAUUCGAGUGAAAGACCGAGUUCCGAACGUCAGAAUUCAAGCUGUGCUAGCGCUGUCCAGGCUUCAGGAUCCGAAGAACGUUGACUGCCCUGUAGUUAAUGUUUACAGCAAUUUGAUUGAGAAUGACUCUAGUUCAGAAGUCAGGCGUGCUGUGUUGUCAUGCAUUGCUCCAUCAGCUAAAACUCUGUCAAAAAUUGUCGGUCGUACCAUGGAUGUCAAGGAGACAGUCAGGAAAUUAGCAUACCAGGUUCUGGCAGAAAAAGUUCACAUGAAAGCUUUAACGAUAGCUCAGAGAGUGAAACUUCUGCAGCAGGGGCUUAAUGAUAGAUCAGAUGUUGUGAAAGAAGUGGUGCAGAAGCAGCUUCUUCAAGCCUGGCUACGUCUGGCUGAGGGGAAUGCCUUAGAAUUGCUUCAUCGGCUGGAUGUAGAAAGUUGCCCGGAAGUGGGCAUUACAGCCCUCAAUGCCAUGUUUCUGCUGUCUCCAUGUAAUGACUUGAUUAAAUAUUUUUCAGACCUUAGUGACAGGAAAGUAAUUCCAGUAGAGAAACUAACUGCCGAGAAUGCUUUAUUCUGGAGGGCUCUUUGUGAGUACUUGAAAUCCAAAGGAGAAGAAGGAGAAGAGUUUUUAGAGCACCUUCUCCCAGAACCUGCUAUAUAUGCAGACUACUUAUUAAGUUACAUUCAGAAUAUGCCAGUUCUGAGUGAAGAAGAAAAGGAGGACAUGGCCUGUAUGGAACACCUGAUGACUAAAGAAUUUAUAGGUCGGCAGCUGAUUCUUACGAUAGGCUGUAUGGAUACCACUGAAGAGGGAGGAAGGAAAAGGCUAUUGGCUGUCUUGCAAGAGAUCCUGCUGUUUCCCACUUCUUCGGCAUACCUUGUGCCACCCGUUAUGGAGAAACUGCUUGGUAUUCUGAAAGAUGACGAUAGAAGGAUACAGAUUGUUGCCGAAACCAUUUCAGAGGUUCGUGAAGCACUUGUUACCGUUGACAAGCCUCUAGAUGCGGCUGCAAUAAGAAAGCAACAGCUUCAGCUGGCUGAAAUAAAAGUGAAACUGAUGGAAGCAAAAGAUGCGCUGGAGCAGUGUGUGGCGGUCCAGGACUUCAGCCAGGCAUCGGUGUUGAAACGAAGAGUCCUGGAGCUGGAAGGCACUAAAAACGACUUGUUAAAAGAGGCAGAGGAGCCUCAGGCUAAAGAAAUAUGUGUGGAAAAGGAUGAUCCCGAAACACUGCUGAAAUGUCUGACCAUGUGCAAUGAACUCUUAAAACAACUCUCCCUGUCCAAAGGAUUAGGCCCAACUAUGGAUGGGAUUACUGAAUCUUUGAUAAUUCCAGGAAUUACUAAUAUUCAUCCAGCUGUAAGAAAUAUGGCCAUUUUAUGCCUGGGCUGUUGUGGGCUGCAGAGCAAAGACUUUGCCAGCCGGCACCUUCCCUUGUUAUUGCAGGUGCUGCAGAUUGACGAGAUUAAAGUAAAGCUAAGUGCUUUAAAGGCCAUCUUUGACCAGCUGAUGAUGUUUGGAAUAGAACCAUUCAAAGCCAAAAAAGGAAGUGAUUCCUACAGUGAAAAGGAGGAGGAUGAAAAUGGACUGCCUGAUGCAGAGGUGACGAAGGAAGCUGAAGAAGAAGAAGAAGAAAUGGCUACCACCCACAAUCUCCUUCAGCUUCUUUCUGGCUUCUUAGACAGCAAGUUUUCUGAACUCAGAACCGAAUCUGCAGAGGGCCUGGCCAAACUGAUGUUCUCUGGACGACUGAUUAGUGCCAGACUUCUUUCUCGACUUAUUUUGUUGUGGUAUAAUCCAGUAACUGAAGAAGACACUCACCUCCGGCAUUGCUUAGGAGUUUUCUUCCCUUUAUUUGCUUAUUCAGAUAGGGCCAAUCAGGAAUGCUUUGAGGAAGCAUAUCUUCCAACAUUGCGACUUUUGUUCAAUGCUCCUGUGUCAUCACCUUUGUCUGAAGUAGAUGCAAGUAACGUUUCUGAGCUGUUUGUGGACUUGACAAGACCAAGUGGACUGAAUCAAAGCAGUAAGGCUUCCCAGGAUUUCCAGGGCUUGACAGUGCAUGAUAACUUAGCAGUGAAAAUCUGCAAUGAAAUCUUGGCGGAUCCGAGUGCACCAGAGGUCCGUAUCUAUACCAAAGCUUUGAGUUCCUUGGAGUUAAAUAAAGACUUCACCAAAGACCUCCUGAUUCUGCUUGACGAGGUUCUUGAGGUAGUGAAAGAUAAAACAUGUCUAAGAAUGAUUGAAAAAGUGAGGAGCAAGUUAAAUAAAGGAAGCCAUGUCAGUGAAGAAGUCUCUGAAAGAACCAAAGAGACUGGUUUGUCUCCAGUAACUCAAGAUCCACAACAUGAGAGCGAUAGAACAUUGCCUAAUCCAAAUGAAGAAGGGAAGAAAGAAAUGGAUCAAGCUACUGAAGAAGGAGGGAGCACAACUACAAAGUCAAGACAGACAAGAAGCAAAGGUCUGAGAAAAGCAACGGUAGAAGCAAAGUCUGUGCCCAGAAGAAGAAGAAACUGCAGAAUUGCAAGGUCUGAAAGUGAAAGUAGGGAAGCCAGUGAACAGCCUGUCCCACUGGAAAGUUCAAGAUCAUCUCGCCGAGCAAAAACAGCAGCUCUGCAAAAAACACGAAUGAAUCUCUCAAAACUUCUGGACCAAGAAUCAGAUGAAUGACAAGUUGACAAAAGGUUGCCGUGGAUCCACAAACGUCUGUGUAGAAAAGGUGUAGGAACUAAUAUUCAGAAACGACUAGCAAAAUCAGAAUACAGCAUGUACCGAGUAUGGCACGUUUUAAAUCACGACAGCUCGUCUGAUGUAUUUAGAAAGUGUGAUCUUUUUUAAAUGUAGAGUACAGCACAUGCUUAUGAGGACAGCCUUUUAAAAAGAUACUGGCCAGGUUAUACUUUAAACACAGCUGAAUGCCAAGCGGCAUCGUAGGUCCCAUCAUCUUGUUGGUGCAGAUGGAAAUGCACUUCAAGAUUCUAGAUCAGCUUUGCCUUGCAAAAUGUGUGUGUAUGUGUGUUCUUGAACCUUGUCUUUUUUGCAUAUAAUAAAAUG